AUGGGGGACCGCACACAACGCCAGCCUUCAUGGCUGCGAGAGUCGACCAGAACUGUCCCUUGGUUAUUGCUUGCUGCGCAAUCUACUGGGUUCGUGUUGCUGUCUCACUACUCCCGAAUCAUGCCGCCUGCGGGUGGUAAACGAUACCUUACAUCUACCGCCGUGUUUCUGGGCGAAGUCGUUAAACUAGCGAUCACUCUGACCAUGGCCCUCUACGAUGUCUCCAAAAAUGCGCCACCCUCCAUGCCCGCUACCUCCCUCUUCUUCUCCCUCUCAAGCGCCGUGCUCUCGGGUGAUAGCUGGAAGCUGGCCAUCCCUGCGGGCCUCGGCGUCCUUUCGAACUCUCUCCAAUACAUUGCGCUGUCCAACAUGCGCGCAGCCUCUUUCCAGGUCACAUUCCAGCUGCAGUUUGUGACUACAGCGAUCUUUGGCCUCAUGGCGCUCCGGCGGAGUAUUACCCCUCGAAAGUGGGGUCUGCUGUUGCUUCUGCUGCUUGGCGUAGCCUUGGUUCAGUUUCCUGAUGCUAGUGCGGAGCAGAUGUCGUUCCGCGAUGAAGCAUCCCGUCUUCACUUCCCCCGAUCUUUGGAAGAGUGGAAGGCUGUCAAGGGUAGUGGUGCUGCUAGCAAAUUGCUCAAACGUUCCGCCACUUACGAGGGGAUUGAGGAGGACAUUCUCACGGCUAACCCACGGCUGAACCACAACGUGGGUCUGCUCGCAGUCAUUGGUGCUGCGGUUGCAUCGGGUGUUGCAGGUGUCUAUUUUGAGAAGGUUCUCAAGGACAGCUCUAACCAUAUCUCCUUGUGGGUGCGGAACGUGCAGUUGGCUAUCUACUCUGUUUUCCCGGCCCUCUUCAUUGGUGUGGUCUUCCAGGAUGGCGAGCGGAUCGCCAACGACGGCUUCUUCCAGGGCUAUAACUGGAUUGUCUGGGCCACGAUUGUGACCCAGGCCUUGGGUGGUAUUAUCUCCACCUUUUAUAUCAGCCAUACGCAACGCGACCCCCAGUGCUUGGCUACGACCACCAGUAUCAUUCUAAGUAUCAUCGGAAGCAUUUGGCUCUUUGACUUUGAACUAACGGCCAGCUUCUUCUUGGGCGCUGCUGCAGUCCUGGUGGCUACUCACUACUACGGUAAUCCAAGUUUCAACCCUGCUGCAAUCAAGGUGGGCGGAAUGCGCCCCCCUCCGAUUCGCAUUGACAACUAUGAGAAGGACGCCGGGAACGACAACGGCUCCCCCGUGGGAGGUCCUCCAGACGAGAUCUCCAUCAAACUGCCGACGACUCCCUUCUUAUCCGACGGUAUGUCGUCUUCUCGGCCCACAUCGCCGAACCCGGGUCACACGCGGGUGAGCUCCAACCGGAACCCGAGUGGAGCACACUACUUCGAAAAGGAAUAG